CAGACUCACAUUCAACCCUCAUUUUCUUCUGCAAGGAAGCUAACUGAUAGCACCACUGCAUUCCAUCAUGCAAUGGCAACCACCUUCGGCCCCACGUGGCCCAUCAAAGCCCGAAUUGCAGCCGAUCCUCAGGCCUGAUCGGGUCAUACAGGAGGAUGGACUUGCUCAUAUAAAGGCGGCGACCUGGUCACCAGAAAGACCACGUCGUCCCUGGGUGCGCACGACUCUCAUCACGGUGCUACUGUCCAUCAUGAGCAUCAUUUCGUUGCUCGCGUUCUUCUCUCUGGGUCUGGGUAUAAACGGCCUUCCCCAUGCCCGUUUAUCAAGCCCUUCAUACGGCAAGCCGGUAAAUCCUAUUAAGGACACUCCGAUUAAGAACGUGGUAUGUUUCGAUUUCUAUCAAUUGCUGAAUGGUUACCCCUCCCGGCCUUCAGUACUAAGUAACACUAUAGGUGGUACUGGUCGAGGAGAACCUGAGUUUUGACGUGUUUGCCGGUGGCUUGACAUACAACUCCAACAUCGAUGGGUUGGUCAACCGCGAGUACUGCAACCCGUCAAAUGCUUCAGAUCCAUUCUCAGAGAAGGUUUGC